AGGUUACGAGGAAGCUUACAGCAUCAGCAGGAACGUUCGGAGGCUUCAGUCGAAAAUAAAGUGAAGGGUGAGUGGUUGAGCGGUCUUAAACAUCUGCUUAUGAACGCUCAAGUGGAACAACAAAGGCUUGCCAAACAGCUCUCGCAGCCACCAUCAACGUACCUCUCAACGUCGUCCAAAACUGUUCGGGGUCCGCCGUCAUUGCCAGGCUCACGACUUGUUGGACGAACACCUGAUGCCCAGUAUGCUACGAUAAAGAAUGAAGCCGAGGAAGUUGUUUCUUCUACAACCACGUCCAUUGAUACUUCUCACUCUGGAUUGCGCCCAUUGGCACCGCGUCCAUCAUCCUCACAAACCACUCGAGAUUUGGCCAAGGUUGUUGGACAGAAUCUCGUUUUCUUUGUAGUGACCGUGUAUGUUAAUUAUUCAUGUCGCCUUGGUCCUUUUCUGGAUCCCACUAUGGUAGCGGGAAUUAGACGCCAGUUUGGGCCUUUUGCAACUCACCACGCCCUUCGAGAAGCUGUGCAGCAGCUGCUGAAUUGCUCUAAAGAUGAUGCUGUCGUUCUGAAUCUUGUACAACCAGCUGCUGUAACUCAGAUACUCUCUGUCACUGCUCAUUGUGGAGGGACUCCUCGAUCUCGUUUUAUUCCUUGUGUGAAAAGCUCCGCUGAUGCAUGGACCUACAUAAAGCAACUGUUGAAAAAAAUGAAAGUGUGCGAAAAUUUCUAUUCGAGCUCGCCAGAUCCCUGCACCAGCUGCUCUCCCGGAAAUGAUAUGAGCGUAGAACAAGUUUUGCGUUUCCAGCAAAUUGAUGGACGUUCGUUGGGAUUGUUAACAACAGAGCUACUAAUGAGCCAUAUGGGUCUAGCACUGGGACCGGCUCUGAAAGUAAUCGAUUUUGUAAGCUCGAUCAAAAAAGCUCAGGAGUAUCAGCGAACAGCCAGCGAUCAGAAGUGCACAAGAGGUGAUCCGCCUGUGCAUGCUUAA